AGAGAGAGACGGCGCGUGAUCAACCCGUAAAACCAUCGGCGACUUUUAUCCUCAUCCUCCGCCGUCGCCGCCGUGUUCGAUUCGCAAAACUCGGUGGCUAAUCGUUAGAUUUGGGAGGAGAUGCCGUCAAACGGGGAUCUGGAUCGUCAGAUCGAGCAGCUGAUGGAGUGCAAGCCGUUGGCUGAAGCGGACGUGAAGAUCCUCUGCGAUCAAGCCAAGGCCAUUCUCGUUGAGGAAUGGAAUGUUCAACCGGUUAAGUGUCCGGUCACCGUAUGCGGCGAUAUCCACGGCCAGUUCUAUGACCUAAUCGAGCUCUUCCGUAUUGGUGGUAACCCGCCUGAUACUAAUUACCUCUUCAUGGGUGAUUACGUAGAUCGUGGAUACUACUCAGUUGAAACAGUCUCCCUAUUGGUGGCACUGAAGGUGCGUUACAGAGACAGACUCACGAUCCUGCGCGGGAAUCAUGAGAGUCGUCAAAUUACACAAGUAUAUGGUUUUUAUGACGAGUGCUUGAGGAAAUAUGGAAAUGCAAACGUGUGGAAACAUUUCACGGACCUCUUUGAUUACCUACCUCUUACAGCACUUAUAGAGAGUCAGGUUUUUUGUUUACAUGGAGGGCUUUCACCUUCUCUGGACACCCUUGACAAUAUCCGAAGCUUGGAUCGCAUACAGGAGGUUCCACAUGAAGGACCAAUGUGCGAUUUACUCUGGUCUGAUCCAGACGAUCGUUGUGGUUGGGGAAUAUCUCCCCGUGGUGCUGGUUACACGUUUGGACAGGACAUUGCAACUCAGUUUAAUCAUAACAAUGGACUGAGUUUGAUAUCAAGAGCGCAUCAACUUGUAAUGGAAGGCUUUAAUUGGUGUCAGGAGAAGAACGUAGUUACAGUGUUUAGUGCACCAAACUACUGUUACAGAUGUGGAAACAUGGCAGCAAUACUUGAGAUUGGAGAGAAGAUGGAGCAGAACUUCCUUCAGUUCGAUCCAGCACCGAGACAGGUCGAACCUGAUACCACUCGCAAGACUCCUGAUUAUUUUUUGUGAUUUUCUUUCCACUUCUAUUUUUUAUUUUUAUUUUUUUGAAGUUCCAAAGUUUGUUUGUUGCUGUAUCAUUGUAGUAGAUGUGUCUCUUUGUUUCAUUUUGUUUGGCGAUGGAUGUUCUAGUCCCAUAUGUUCGAUAAACGCCAGAAUGUACUUUGCAUGUUUGCAAGUGAAUAGUAUAUGAGUGAUCUCUAUUA